CGGUGAUUUCAGCUCCUGUUUAUUCUGAACUUUCAUUUAUACCCGGAUGGAACUCAUGCAGAAUUAAAGAUAAUCAAAAGUAUCUGGACAGAGGAAGAAUUUAUUUAUUGGAGAUGAUGGAGGUGCCGAAGUGGAGGAGAAGAAAGUGGUUUUAUCACGAUGUGUCGAUUCUCUUCAUCAUAUCCAUGUCCCUCCAAUCAGCCAUCAGUGUGAGAGCAGCAGAACCCGUGGAUGUUCUGAAGGUUUUAAACUUCCGAAGUUCUCCAGUAGGAAUAACAAAAACACAAGGACUCUGUCCUGUACGGAGAGGAUCCAGACCUGACGUGGCCUACAGAGUGGAUAAAACAGCAGAGAUCAGCACCGCCACCAAAAACCUCUUUCCAGGUGGAGUUUUUCCUGAAGAUUUCUCCAUCCUCAUGACCAUUAAACCCUCGGCUGGAGUUCAGGCCUUCCUCUUAUCCGUGUAUAAUCAGAAAGGACUGCAGCAGCUCGGGGUGGAGAUCGGACGCGCCCCGGUCUUCCAGUACGAAGAUCAGAAUGGAAAACCCUCACCUGAGAGCUACCCCUUAUUCAGAAACGUCCAUCUCAGUGACGGAAAGUGGCACCGAGUGGCGAUCAGCGUGGAGAAGAAGAGCGUCACCAUGAUCGUCGACUGUAAGAAGAAAAUAACGAGAGCGCUGAACAGGAGUGAUAAACCUGUCAUCGGUACAGACGGGAUCACUGUGUUCGGAACCAGGAUCCUGGACGAGGAGAAGUUCCAGGGUGAUAUCCAGCAGCUUCUGUUGGUUGAAGAUUCUCGAGCUGCGUAUGAUUAUUGUGAACAUUACAGUCCUGACUGUGAAACUCCUCAUCAGGAAACUCCACAAGCUCAGGAACCCGAGGACGAGUAUAACCCUGAGUACAGUGAUUACGGCGACAUGUACGACUACACAGACAGUGAAACUGAAAUCGCUGGAACUCCUGUUGAAGAGACCAAGACUGAAACCAAACCCGGUACUGAUGAUGCUGAGUACUUCACUGAGACGGAGGUGGAUUAUGGAACUCUGGACGGAUCAGAAACCAAAAGUGCUACCAACCCUCCGGUGACCAAAGAGGACGUGGUGUACGAGGAGGAAAUUGUAGAUGAUUACAUCACCGGGGCGGAGCAGGUGGGGGCGGAGUCGACUGUCGCUCCUGUUGAAACCAAAACCAUGACGGAGACGGAGGGCGGCGACAUCAAACACUUUAGCGAGUACGACGUCAACGAGUACGAGGUGAAAGAACUCGACCCGAGUCACUACGACGACGGUUUCUACGAGUACGGCAUGAAGCCGGUGCCGCCCGACCCCGUGUACGAGGAGGAGAUCGGACCGGCCGUACCAGCCGAAACUGGAGUGUCCGAGAGUGUUGCUGCUGGUUAUGGAGGUGAAAAAGGACAGAAAGGAGAACCUGCCGUCAUCGAACCGGGAAUGCUUAUUGAGGGGCCACAGGGGCCCCCGGGAGCCGCCGGUCUUACUGGUUCUCCAGGUAUUCAUGGUUCUCCUGGACUUCGUGGUGAUCCUGGUGAGAAGGGUCCUCCUGGUCGUUCUGGUCUCCCUGGUGGUGAUGGAGCUCCAGGACCUUCAGGCACUGUCAUCAUGCUGCCGUUCCGUGCUGGUGGUGAAGCCUCUAAAGGACCGGUGGUGUCGGCGCAGGAAGCUCAGGCUCAGGCCAUUCUCGCUCAGGCUCGACUGUCGAUGAGGGGGCCGCCUGGUCCGGUGGGAUUGGCGGGAAGAUCCGGUCCUCUGGGUAAUCCUGGUGCAUCCGGGCUGAAGGGUGAUAGUGGAGAUUCUGGUCCUGGUGGUCCGAGGGGUCUCCAGGGUCCCACAGGUCCUUCAGGAAAAGCAGGAAAGAGGGGUCGUGCAGGAGCUGAUGGUGCGAGAGGAAUGCCCGGAGAAUCAGGAGCAAAAGGAGACAGAGGCUUCGAUGGACUCCCCGGUUUACCUGGAGAGAAAGCACACAGGGGAGAACAUGGGCCCAUCGGACCCCCGGGAGCCCCAGGAGAUGAUGGACCCAGAGGUGAGGAUGGAGAGAUCGGACCAAGAGGAGUUCAGGGAGAAAGUGGUCCGAGAGGUUUGCUCGGUCCCAGAGGAUCUCCGGGUCCCAGCGGUCAGCGUGGUCUGGCUGGUGUGGACGGGCCUCCUGGUACUAAAGGGAACAUGGGUCCAUCGGGUGAACCAGGUCCUCCUGGUCAGCAGGGAAUCUCUGGACCUCAGGGUUUGCCGGGAUCUCAGGGCCCCAUCGGACCUCCGGGAGAAAAAGGUCCUGCAGGGAAACAGGGAUUACAGGGAUUAGCUGGAUCUGACGGCCCUCCUGGACACCCAGGUAAAGAAGGACCACCCGGAGAGAAAGGUGUCGUGGGUCAUCCAGGACCACAGGGAUCCAUUGGCUAUCCUGGACCACGAGGAGUUAAAGGUGCUGAAGGCGUUCGUGGAUUAAAGGGAGGAAAAGGAGAAAAGGGUGAAGAUGGUUUUCCAGGGUUUAAAGGAGAUAUGGGACUCAACGGCGACAAGGGAGAGAAUGGCGUGAUUGGACCGAGAGGAGAAGAUGGACCAGAAGGACCAAAAGGUCAGUCAGGUCCGACUGGUGAAUCUGGACCCAUGGGACUGGCCGGAGAAAAGGGUAAACUAGGAGUUCCUGGAUUACCUGGAUAUCCCGGACGACAGGGUCCAAAGGGUUCGACUGGUUUUGCUGGAUCUACUGGUGCUAAUGGAGAGAAAGGAGCGAGAGGACUCGCAGGUAAAGCAGGUCCAAGAGGACAGCGCGGUCCCACGGGGCCUCGUGGUGGAAGAGGAGCGAGAGGGCCAACAGGAAAACCAGGAGCAAAGGGAACCUCGGGACACGAUGGUCCCCCCGGUGGUCCUGGAGAGAGAGGACCACAAGGGCCGCAGGGGCCAGUCGGACUGCCGGGACCUAAGGGCCCACCUGGACCUCCUGGUAAAGAUGGACUGCCAGGACACCCGGGACAGAGAGGAGAAACCGGUUUCCAAGGGAAGACGGGUCCGCCCGGUCCUGGAGGAGUCAUCGGUCCACAGGGACCUACAGGUGAAACUGGACCUGUGGGUGAGAGAGGACACCCAGGAUCCCCAGGACCUCCUGGAGAGCAAGGUCUUCCUGGUGCUGCCGGUAAAGAGGGUGGAAAGGGUGACCCGGGCCCUCAGGGCUCUGCAGGUAAGCCUGGUCCUGCUGGUAUCAGAGGUUUUCCUGGACAGAGAGGACUUCCUGGAGCUCAGGGUCCAGCGGGUCUGAAAGGUGGUGAAGGUCCGUCUGGUGCUCCAGGUCCCAUUGGAUCUCCAGGUGAAAGAGGAGCUGCAGGACCAGGAGGACCCAUCGGUGUUACCGGGAGGAACGGACCUCAGGGGCAGCCAGGACCCGCCGGAGAGAAAGGAACUCCGGGGGAGAAAGGUCCGGCUGGGCCGGCUGGUCGGGAUGGAAUUCAGGGUCCUGUUGGACUUCCUGGAUCUGCUGGACCUCAAGGACCACCAGGAGAGGACGGUGAUAAGGGAGAAGUUGGAGAAUCAGGACAGAAAGGAAGUAAAGGAGAUAAAGGAGAAUCGGGUCCUCCUGGUCCUGCUGGUCUUCAGGGGCCCGUCGGUAAUCCAGGACCUGCUGGCAGUGAUGGUGAACCGGGUCCUCGUGGUCAGCAGGGAAUGUUUGGUCAGAAAGGAGAUGAAGGACCUCGAGGUUUCCCUGGACUGCUGGGUCCCGUCGGUCUGCAGGGGUUACCGGGACCCCCGGGUGAGAAGGGAGAGACCGGUGACGUCGGUGCUAUGGGUCCACCAGGUCCACCCGGACCCAGGGGCCCUCAGGGGUCCAGUGGAGCUGAUGGUGCGAUGGGGCCCCCUGGUGGCGUUGGCUCUCCGGGAGGAAACGGAGAAAAGGGUGAGACCGGUGAGGCAGGAAACCCAGGACCCGCUGGAGAGCCUGGUUCUAUGGGUCCUAAAGGUGAGGUGGGUGAGAAGGGUGAGACGGGGCCCCCCGGAGCCGCAGGACCCGCGGGAGCACGAGGACCCCCUGGUGAUGACGGUCCUAAAGGAAACCUGGGACCCAUCGGCUUUCCUGGAGACCCAGGUCCUCCCGGUGAGCCCGGUGUCGCUGGGCUGGAUGGUUUAGCGGGAGAGAAGGGAGACGAUGGAGAAGCUGGUCAGCCUGGUCCUGCAGGUCCGUCGGGUGAAGCUGGUCCUCCUGGAGCUCCAGGAAAGAGGGGGCCGAUCGGACCUGCUGGACCUGAAGGGAAACCCGGAGAAAAAGGGUCAAAGGGUGAAGCCGGUACUGAGGGAACCGUGGGUAAAACCGGCCCUGUCGGACCCCAAGGAUCCCCUGGAAAGGCCGGUGCUGAUGGUCUGAGAGGAAUUCCUGGACCUGUGGGUGAACAGGGACUUCCUGGUGCUGGUGGUAAAGACGGACCCCCCGGGCCCCUGGGCCCCCCUGGUCUCCCCGGACUAAAAGGUGAUUUUGGUGUAAAGGGUGAAAAGGGUCACCCGGGUCUGAUCGGCCUGAUUGGGCCUCCUGGUGAACCGGGAGAGAAAGGAGAUCGAGGAUUACCGGGACUGCAGGGUACAACCGGAGGGAAAGGAGAUCUGGGGAUGGUUGGAGUUGCUGGUCCUCUGGGUCCCCCUGGACCUCCUGGAGUUCCUGGAACACAAGGACAAAAAGGAUCUAAAGGAUCGUCUGGUUCAGCGGGUCAGAAAGGUGAUCCUGGAGCAGUGGGUCCCCCCGGCCCUCCUGGCCCUCCUGGUGACAUGGUGCAGCCGCUGCCCAUCCAGAUGAACAAGAAAUCCAAGAGAUCCUCAGACGUGCAGGGUGACGAGGCGAUGAUGGAUUACGGGCUGGAGGGGAUGGAGGACGUGUUCGGCUCCCUCAACAACCUCAAACUCGACAUCGAGCGCAUGAAGUUUCCUCUGGGGACCCAAGAUAAUCCAGCCAGGACCUGCAAGGACCUUCACAUCAGCCAACCGGACUUCAGUGACGGACAUUACUGGAUUGAUCCCAACAUGGGCUGUAAGGGCGAUGCCUUCAGGGUUCACUGUAACUUCACUGCAGGAGGAGAGACGUGUAUCUACCCCGACAAAAAAUCCUCAGGGGUGAGAAUAUCGAACUGGCCUAAGGAAUCUCCGGGGACGUGGUUUAGUGAGUUUAAGCGUGGCAAAAUCCUCUCGUAUGUGGACGUGGAGGAACGCUCCAUCAGCAGCGUGCAGAUGACCUUCCUCAAACUGCUGAGUUCUACAGCCAGACAGAACUUCACCUACAUCUGCCAUCAGUCCACCGCCUGGUACGACGCCAAAGCUAACAACUACGACAAAGCGCUGCGCUUCCUCGGCUCCAACGACGAAGAAAUGUCCUACGAGAACAAUCCCUUCAUCAAAGCCCUCUCUGAUGGAUGUGCGCUGAAGCAGGGUUACUCCCGGACCGUCCUGGAGAUCAACACUCCCAAAAUCGAUCAGGUUCCCGUCAUCGACGUCAUGCUGAACGAUUUCGGGGAUCCAAACCAGAGAUUCGGCUUCGAGCUCGGUUCCGUCUGCUUCCUGGGAUAAAAAUAAGCUUUUAAUUAUGCUGGACGCUGACACACACACUCAGACACACACACAAACACAUACACACACACACUCACACACACACACAAACACAUACACACACACACUCACACACACACACAAACACAUACACACACACACUCACACACACACUGUUGGUUUAGACUGAGUGGACGUGUGUGUGUGUGUUGGUGUGACGACGAGCUGCAGGAGAAACAUAAAGACUGAAGUGAUGAAAACUGAGACACAAAAACAGAAUCAUUUUACCCCCAAACACCCAGGAUCCCGUCUAACAACCCUAAUCCCAGUCCAAUCAUCCUGAUCCUGAUCCCUAAUCCUGAGCCUAAACAGGAGAAUUUACUUUUACUUUUUACUUUAAUUUUACUUUAAAAACGUUCCGGAUUCAGGACUGAUGCUGGAAAUAGAAAUUAAUCCUAAAUUUAGAACCAAUUAUAAGAUCUGGAUUUAAUCUUACCCUGAAUCUAAUCCUGUUUCAUUACUAAUCCUCCUUGUACAACCACUAUUAGUCCUAAUCCUAAUCCCAGAGUCCUGGGUUUAUUUGGUUCCUGCAGGUUCUUUAUUUGCUCGUGUUUUAAAUCUGAAUCCAGAACUUUGAGGUGCUAAAAUUAAAGGUGCAUUUUAAUAAACUGUAAUUAUUGUUCUGUACAAUAAAGUUCAUGCAUGAGUUUUUAUUCUUUAUUUUUAGUUUAUUUGGGUUUAUUUGUUGUUGUUGCUUGAAUAAAGUCACGUUAGGGGCAGCAGGUUGUAAAUAUGAACCACUCUAUGUGAUUUACAGCAGACUUUAUUAGAAUUUGUGUAGAAUUAAAGUUUCUGUGGUAAUGAUGAAUUAUUAUUUUAUCAGACUCACUGACCUCAGUAAUAAUUAAAUCUUAAAUAAAUCAUGCAGUUUAGAUCAGAAUUUAUUAUUCAAUUGGACCAAAGUUUUUUUCUUGCUUCAUAUUUAAGUUUCAGAUUUUAUUUGGUUUUUAUUUGGUAUUUCUUGUUAAACAGAUUUGUACACGCCCAGUUCCCUUUAAAUACAGACACUAAAUGUACACGGUCGUGUUUGUUUACUUUAUAAUUUAUGUCAAAUUUGGAAUAAAUGAUUUUG